AUGGCUUCUUCAAUGCUUCCCUUUACCUCUGCAUGCACACAAACAGCUGCUACGUCCACCAACACAUUCUUAAAUCCUUCUUCCACCUUCCUCUCCAAUUCCAAACCCUUCUCCCAUCGAUCCUCCAAGAACCAAAACCACCACGGUUUCAGAGUCUCAUGCAACGUUGCACCGGCAGAUCAUGACGACGAUACUAAUAAUCCGAAAUCACUCAUAAUCCCAGCAACCCAAAAGCUCAUACUGCCCAAUGUCGACCGGAGGAAUCUUCUCGUGGGCCUCGGCGGCCUCUACACCACCGCCAACUUCGCUUCCUUGCCGCUCGCAUUAGCUGAACCCAUAAUAGCUCCUAACAUCUCAAGCAGUUGCAAGACCGCCGCCAUGGGAAUCGGCAACAUGAAAGACGCUGUAAGGACCCGAGCCUGUUGUCCGCCGGGAAAAGACAAGCCCAUUAAGACGAAGUUCGGGAUAACGGAGCUGUUGGAGGACACGGAGGCUGAAGGCGACGAGUUUGUAUUGGUGAAACUGGUACCCAAGGUAGGGUGCGAAGAUCUGACCAUUUCGGAGAUCAAGAUCGAGUUGGUUUGUAAUGCUUAA